AUGAAGAGUUUCGUCGUUGCGUCGAGCCUAGUGGCACUGAUGGCCACUCUGGCGGCUGGGGCUAGCCUUGAGAAGGCAUCAGGAACAUCCGCGUCCAAGAACCACGGUAAACGUGGCCUUCUCGACUACGGAUAUGGAUAUGCGAAGGAACCAGAACUACAAGGAGGUUUCCGACCAUCGUUCGGGUUUGAUCUUGGAUCUGCCGAACAUCACACACCUGCCCCACGAGCCUACGUUGCCCCAGCAGCUGAGUAUCACCUGCACAACCAGUACGCACCCCUGCACAAAGAACCCCUAUCGGCUGGAUACAACUGGAAGGAGGAAAAACACACCAUCAUCACGAAGAAGGUCCCCGUGCCGUACCCCGUGAACGUGGAGAAGCAGGUCGUGAUCGAGAAGAAGGUUCCGGUGCACGUGAAAGUGCACGUGCCGUACCGUGUUGAGGUCGAGAAGAAGGUCCCGGUGUACGUCGAGAAGAAGGUUCACGUUGAUCGACCAGUCCCGUACCCGGUGAAGGUGAAGGUGCCGGUGUAUCACAAGGUUGAGGUGGAGGUCCCGAAACCCUACCCAGUGCACAUCCCGAAACCAUACCCGGUGUACAUCGAGAAGGAGGUCCACGUCCCGGUCGUUCAUCGAGUGGAGGUUGAGAAGCCUUACCCCGUGUACGUCGAAAAGCCAGUGUUGGUGGAGCAAUCCGCUAGCCACGAGCACAGUCACGAACAACACAGCCACGAAGUGGAGCUUGAGCACGUUCACAGCCACGAGCACAGCCAUGAGGAACCGGAACACGUCGUCCAUCACGACAUCCGCCCGGUUGGUGUUAAGUCGACUGAUUUCAUCUCCGAGCCGAUUCACGUGCCAGAACACGAGCAUCAGUACGGUGAGGAGUCGCAGAAGAUCGAGCGUAAGGUAGAGAGCACGCAGGCUGCUGAAGGCUCGAGCCAGUCGAACGCCUCGAAGGAAGCACAGAAGGAGUCCUCCGACAAGGAGUCAUCGCAGUAG